AUGGCAUCUCAAACACCAACAUCAACACCAACAACGACUAAUGCAUCGCAAUCAGGAACAGGACAAGGAAAACCGUUGUUCGAGGCGCCCAAAGAACACGUCUCAUCCACUUGGUCCCUAAGCCCACACUACUAUUACACCUCGACAGUUGUCAACCCGGGCACAAACAAGAACCCGCUCCUCAACCGGAUAGGUCUGGAACCCAUGAAACGAAUCCUCCUGAUCACAGCCUCAGCCUCCUUCUGGGGGUUCAUGCUCGGAGGUGUCAUCGGGUCCCGUCAAUCGGGGAUGCAGUACCUUGCCGAGAAUGCCCACCGGUUACCAAAGAACAUGGAAGGGUGGUAUUUUUAUCACAAGAAGAAGAAUUACCGGAUGAUUUGGGGCGCGUUGAGGAAGGGUGUUGUUUAUUCGAGCAAGACGGGUGCGAUGGUGGGUCUGUUUGAGGUGUUGGAGGCCAGUUUGGACUUUUAUAGGGGUGGAGCGGAUUUGUUUAAUUCUACGGUUGCUGGUGUUGCUUCUGGAGGGUUCUUUUCUGCCAUUAACAAGUUGCCAAGGCAGAGCACAAAGCAUACGUUGAUGCUGGGCGCAGGAUAUGGGUUGGUGAGCGGUGCAUUGCAGGAUCUGUCGUCGUACUUGAAGGGAACCCCUGUCUGGUACUUGCCACAGUCGCUCAAGGAGCGGUCCCUAGCCCUCAAGCUUCCUGAGUCUGAAGAGUAG